GGAAUCUCAAUGUUUUUCAAAAAUAAUAGAUCUUUGUGGAACUCCUAUGGAAGGUUUGAAUUUUAUUUUUUCUUUUAUGAUGAUUGGUCAGAUGUGAAUUCACUUCCACAUUACCAUGACUAUAUAAAUGGACCAAAGGAAAGAACAUUGCGAAAGUAUUUGCACGCUAAUUCAAAUGCCAUGCCUUAACUAAUAGAUUUAAUUGAUAGAAUGCUGACACUUAAUCCUGCAAAGAGGAUUACAGCCAAAGAAGCAUUAAAACACUAAUACUUCCAAACCAGGAUCUUUGUCAUGUGAUUUAUUAUAUCCAUAAGGCAGGAUGCCCAGAAUAGAAUAGGAUGGAUAGCCACCCAAAGAUCCCCCCAUACAAAAGAAGGUUAAGCAGGAACAAAAACCUUUAUUACAGGGUAUCAAAAUUAAUAAAUGUAUGUGA